AUGCAUCCAUUGGUUGUACUUGAACGUAUGCCAAUUGCUAAUUCCUCUCGUCCUCCUCAUCAUCAACAGCAAAAAAACCCAACAAAAACUGAAGAGGUAGAAGAAGUAAUUGCUGGACCAUCAACCUCAUUCACGACGAACAGAAAACGAAAGACCGACAAUGACACUUACAAUGACAGAAGUAAAAUUAAAAUGAAAAAAAAUAAUAUUAUUCACGACAGUGACGACAGUGAUGACGCCAACGACACUGUUGUGAAUAAUAAUAAAAUUAAAAUUCCCCAAAAUGACGAAACUGACGUGGACAGUGACGACAGUUAUUUUGUUACAAUUAAGGACAGUGACACUACCAGUGAUGACGAACCGAUUUUUAAAAUUAAAAAAGACAAAAACACUGACAGUACUGAUGACACAGACACUGACAGUACUACUGACAAUAUUGACACUGACGAUGAGGAAAAAUAUUAUAAACGUGUAGAAAAAUUCACAAGCAAAUUAGUAAAAAAUGUGGAUUUCUACUACAAAAAAGGAAUGCGGAUUCCGCUUGGCAAUUUCCGGAAGAUAUUGCACAAGAAAAAUAAGAGAAAGAAGCAGAAGAACCUUGGAAAAUCGGACAAUCCAAUCUAUCAAAACAUUUUUAUAUUCACGAUUAAAAAAGCACUACCGAACAUUAAUUAA